CGUCCGGGGUGACACUCGCAAAGCCGUUUUGUAUUCUUUCAUUUUUUUUGUAUUUUAUUUUUAGCAAUAUAGAUUUAUUUAUUUAUUUUUAUCGCAGCCUCAUUUUUUUUUCUCCCCCAUUUCUAAGUCCCAUGCCAAGCCCCUACCAUGACCUCACCCAGGCUCAGCUACGGCCUCCCAACUCCACCUUAAAUACCUCAAACUGUAGCUUUCCCCUUACAUAGCAGGUUAAACCUCCCACACAUAGCCGAUAGGAACAUUAAGGAGACUUAAAGGAUUGAGAUAAAUAUUUGAUUAAUCUAGUCACUCAACAAGUCAUACCUUUUUGUCUCUGUUCUUCUCAGAUGACCUACGUUGUUCUUUAGAUGUAGAGUAUAACUAAUGGCACAUUGCCUUUGUCUCCGCCUCCACCACUGGCUGCCAUAGUCUCAAAUUCCCUUUGUUGUCCCCUGACCUUUUUUACUUGGUCCGUCCCACCCCUUUCAGGAAGAAAGGCUAGAUUUCAAAUUCAAUGAGUGUUUUACAUCGAGUUAUAUUUUUUGAAUCAAAGUUCUCUCUGCUAAGUAAAGCAAACCGUGGAGGAAAAUCGCUGGCUCGGUCUUCAAGGAAUAAAUGAACUGACGUUAGUUCAUCUAUGCAAUCCAACAGAUAAGAUGGUCUCUAAACAUAAAGAUGUACUCCAUUAUCAUCCACUUAAGCCCAAAUAGAACGCCGGCUGUCUCGGCACAAAACGUAACCUCUUUGCUUUAACUUUUUUUUUUGUUUGUCUAGUACUUUCUCACAAUCCUUAGUCUGGGUCAAGCUCUAAGAUGUGGAGUCGUCGCUCUGGUUGAAGGCCAUCUUAUCUGGUGCUAGAGGGGGGUUCAGGAGUAGGGAGAAGCUCCAGGGAGACUCAAGCUCCCCCUGCUCUGUCGCCCCGCCCCCCCGCGCGCACGCUAAGGUUCGGUGGAGUGUGCGCGCUCAUGAGCUGUCUUCCUGGCCCUAAGUGAUGCCCCGUCAUGGCUCUGUCGAGGCCCUCCCGCUGCUCUCACUAUAGCCUCAAUCAAGGGUGGGUUGUAAUCACCACAGGCCCCUGCUCUGUAUCUAACCAACCACCCCGGGGCGGUGGGUAGGGGUAUAUGGGGGUGGGUUGACCUUCUUUAAGGGCAGUCUGUUCCAGAGGCUGGGGAGUGGCCGGCACUGCGCCAGGCAGACAGCUCACUAUGUGCAUUCCACCACCUGCGUCAGAUGCUGCGUUAGAGAGUGGACCAUGAAACCGUGCCGAGCAACAGCAAUGACCUCUUCAUUUCAGAGCUGUGGAGGCAUCUAGAUACAAAUGAUUAAACCGCAGGCUUCUUUUCCCCCCCACAACAAUCUCAUUGGCCAGGAGUCAAGAAAGCAGGACAGGAAAAAUAUAUUUUUUCAUUUUGAAUAUGCAAUGAUAUGAUGCCCAAGGAAAUGUGAUCAGUUCAUUUGGGGAAGAUCAAGCCAGCAACCCUUCCGCCUUUUCUAAACUUUGUUUAACUGGUUUAAAACUACAAAACAAUUCAUAAUCACAAGACGUCAAAGCCUUUCUUCCCUCCCUUUUACCUUUUUUGUUCAGGCAUUCUUUUGUGUGAAAACCAUUCAUUGCAUGGAUGAAAGUUUUAAGUACAUUUUCCGAAGUUCAACUGAUUCGUUUUUGUUUCGACAUGAACACAAAAAAAAUCUUUUUUUUAUUUUUUUUUAUACAAACUUUAUACUAAUGAUCUUGUGUUCUGAUCUUUGUCUCUUUUGGUUUCUUCCACAACUGAUAUUGUUAUUUAGAAGGUUUCAGGUGGGUGGCUCUAUUCCUGCGUAGGUGCCUGCCGGAAAGGAACACUAGGGCAGCAUCAGUCCUCCUCUCCAGUCAGCUGCGGCCACCACUCUGACAAAGUCCAAACAUAUGGCUUGUUACCUGAAAGCUAUUGAGACUCAGCCCAACUUUGCUGUGGCUUGGAGCAACCUGGGCUGUGUGUUUAAUGCCCAGGGCGAGAUCUGGCUGGCCAUACACCACUUUGAAAAGGCUGUGACCCUGGAUCCAAAUUUCCUCGAUGCUUACAUAAAUCUAGGCAACGUUUUAAAAGAGGCUCGCAUCUUCGACAGAGCGGUCGCCGGCUACUUGCGGGCCCUGAGUCUAAGCCCCAACCAUGCUGUGGUCCACGGAAACCUGGCCUGCGUCUACUAUGAGCAGGGCCUUAUCGAUCUGGCCAUUGACACCUACAGGCGCGCCAUUGAACUGCAGCCCCACUUCCCUGACGCCUACUGUAACCUAGCCAAUGCCUUGAAGGAGAAGGGCAAUGUAAGAAAUCCAGCCAAAUAUAGUUUUGGGGUAGCUGAGGCGGAAGACUGCUACAACACGGCGUUGCGUCUGUGCCCCACCCAUGCUGACUCUCUCAACAACCUGGCCAAUAUCAAGCGGGAGCAGGGCAACAUCGAAGAGGCCGUCCAGCUCUACAGAAAAGCCCUUGAGGUCUUCCCUGAGUUUGCUGCGGCUCACUCCAACCUGGCCAGUGUCCUUCAGCAGCAAGGCAAGCUGCAGGAGGCCCUCAUGCACUACAAGGAGGCCAUCAGGAUCAGCCCCACGUUUGCUGACGCCUACUCCAACAUGGGCAACACGCUGAAGGAGAUGCAGGACGUCCAGGGAGCCCUGCAGUGCUACACCCGGGCCAUUCAGAUCAACCCCGCCUUCGCCGAUGCGCACAGUAACCUGGCUUCCAUUCACAAGGAUUCGGGCAACAUUCCAGAGGCCAUUGCUUCCUACCGCACAGCUUUGAAACUCAAGCCAGACUUCCCCGACGCCUACUGCAACCUGGCCCACUGCCUCCAGAUCGUCUGUGACUGGACAGACUACGACGAGCGCAUGAAAAAGCUGGUGAGCAUCGUGGCCGACCAGCUGGACAAGAACCGGCUGCCCUCGGUGCACCCGCACCACAGCAUGCUGUACCCGCUCUCCCACGGCUUCCGCAAGGCCAUAGCCGAGCGCCAUGGCAACCUUUGUUUGGACAAGGUACACGCCCUGAUAAAAAUUAAUGCUCUUCACAAGCCGGCCUUUGAGCAUCCCAAGGACCUGAAGGCCAGUGGAGGUCGUCUGCGUAUUGGCUAUGUCAGCUCCGACUUUGGCAACCACCCCACAUCCCACCUGAUGCAGUCCAUUCCUGGCAUGCAUAUUUCCGACAAGUUUGAGGUGUUCUGCUACGCCCUCAGUCCAGAUGACAGCACCAACUUCCGUGUGAAAGUAAUAGCUGAAGCCAACCACUUCACAGACCUCUCACAGAUCCCCUGCAAUGGUAAGGCAGCAGACCGAAUCCACCAAGACGGGAUCCACAUCCUGGUCAACAUGAACGGAUACACAAAGGGCGCCCGCAACGAGCUCUUCGCCCUGCGGCCCGCUCCCAUCCAGACCAUGUGGCUAGGGUACCCGGGAACCAGUGGGGCUCCCUUCAUGGAUUACAUCAUCACAGACAAGGAGACGUCCCCUGCGGAAGUAGCCGACCAGUACUCUGAGAAGCUGGCCUACAUGCCCCACACUUUCUUCAUUGGAGACCAUGCCAACAUGUUCCCUCACCUUAAGAAAAAGGCAGUGAUUGACUUCAAGUCCAAUGGACACAUCUUUGACAAUCGCAUUGUGCUGAACGGCAUUGAUCUGAAGGCCUUCUUGGACAGUCUGCCGGACGUAAAGGUUGUGAAGAUGAAGUGUGACAUCAACCAGGAGACGGUUCCUGACGCCAACGGAGCUCUGUCCAUGCCAGUCAUCCCCAUGAACACAGCCGCGGAGGCCAUCAUCAACAUGAUCAACCAGGGCCAGAUCCAGGUCACCAUCAAUGGCUAUACCGUCAGCAAUGGCCUGGCCACCACACAGAUCAACAACAAAGCCGCCACCGGAGAGGAGGUACCCCGCACCAUCGUGGUGACGACCCGCUCCCAGUACGGCCUCCCCGAGGACUCCAUCGUCUACUGCAACUUCAACCAGCUCUACAAAAUCGACCCACCCACCCUGCAGAUGUGGGCCAAUAUCUUGAAGCGGGUGCCCAACAGUGUGCUGUGGCUGCUCCGCUUCCCAGCCGUGGGCGAGCCCAACAUCCAGCAGUACGCCCUGAACAUGGGCCUGCCCGCCUCCCGCAUCAUCUUCUCCCCGGUGGCCCCCAAGGAGGAACACGUCAGGAGGGGGCAACUGGCGGACGUGUGCCUGGACACCCCCCUGUGCAACGGCCACACGACGGGCAUGGACGUCCUCUGGGCUGGGACUCCCAUGGUUACCAUGCCGGGAGAGACCCUUGCAUCGCGUGUCGCUGCCUCCCAGCUCAAGUGUCUCGGCUGUCCCGAGCUCAUCGCUCCCAGCCGCCAGGAGUAUGAGGAUGUCGCAGUGAAACUUGGAUCAGACAUGGAAUACCUGAAGAUGAUCCGGGCUUGUGUGUGGAAGCAGCGAAUCUGCAGCCCCCUGUUCAACACCAAGCAGUACACCACAGACCUGGAGAAGCUCUACCUGCAGAUGUGGGAGCACCAUUCAUGUGGGAAGAAGCCGGAUCACCUCAUCAACUUCCCCCAAAUAGAGAGCAGCCUGAGUGCUUGAACCUUAAACCCCAUAUCCCCCCCCCAACACACCCCACCUCAUCUCCUACUCAUCAUGGGUUCACUCCAUCGCAUACCCCUGAAUGUUUGUGGUUUCCCCCCCACCCCGACGCCUGUUAAAAUGAAUUUUACUUGUUGAGGAACCGCACGUGUCAUUGUGUGCCAUCGCCUCACACAGCCGGUCCUGAGCCAGAUGGAGAUCCUGAGCCUGCAAACUCUUCUGAGACUCUUGUCCUAAAAUAUAAUCACAGAAGUGUGUGUGUGUGUGUGUGUGUGUGUGUGUGUGUGUGUGUGUGUGUGUGUGUGUGUGUGUGUGUGUGUGUGUGUGUGUGUGUGUGUGUGUGUGUGUGUGUGUGUGUGUGUGUGUGUGUGUUAACAAUGGAAUGCCGGCACUCCCCACCCUUCCCAGAGCUUGGAAUCUAUUUGCGGAUUUUCUUUUAUCCUGUUAGUAUGUAAGUGGACUGAACUGCUGGCCUGAUGGGGUGAACAACCGGCCCCGACAUUGUGAUGUUGACCCACUUUUAAUUGUGUUUUGGUGGCUGGUGGGACAAUGCUGCACAAUAAAAAAUGUAAACUUUGACUAAAGUUGAAUCAGCUUUACGAAAAAGCCCUGUAAAUGGUCAUGGUUUUCAACUGCUUUUUAAUUGUUUUAAGCCACCUUUAAAUGCAAAGUCGAUGUGAAAGUUUUGAGAAUGGACUUCCCCAUCAACAAAUGCCAAUUUUAAGUUGUUUUUUCUGGCUCAUCCGUAUCGGUUUUCUGCAUUGAUGUCACUGUGCUUACAAAGACAAUUGGGACAAAGUUGUGGAAAGGGGAGUUUUUUUUCGUUGGUAUUCACUAGAAUGGGCCGGUAUUUCUAUAUUCACCAGAUUUUAUUUCAAUUGAAAUGGGAACAACCUAGGUAAGUAUUUUCGAGUUUUGUUUUGUAUGAUAUGGUAUGCUCUCAGUGAAACUACUUGGCUCUGAUUUAAAAUAAAUAAAUGAAACGUUAAACUGA